AUGUUCUCUGUCAUCCUCUCCGUCGGCCUGGCUGGCGCCGCGUCUGCCCACUACGUCAAGAGCCUGACCGAGUACACCAAGGAGAUCCCGCAGUGCGCCAUCGCGGCCAUGAAGGUUGGCAUGGAAAAUCAGGGCUGCGAUCUCAAGAAAGUCGACGCCAAGGAUUUUGACUGCAUCUGCGACAACUACCUCGAGAUCGACGGCCGCGUCUACGCCGAAGUCGACCACUCCUGCGCUGCCGGUGCUUUCCCUCCCACACCCAGCCUUUUAUACUACGCCUCGGCUGCUGGCAUCCUUUGCGGUGCCUGGGAGGUGGAGAGCACCACCGCCUCGGACCUGCCCCAGGCCACCAAGGCGCUCGCCGACAUCCUCGGCGCCGGCGCGCCCAAGGCCGAGGCCACCGGCGAUGCCACCGGUGAUACCAAUGCCGCUGCCGCGACCCCAGCCCAGCAGGCCAAGGACGCUGCCCCCGUCAAGAACCGUGCUCCUGCCCCUACCGGUCGCAUUGCGCGCUCGUUCGGCGGCGCUGCUGUCGCUGCCGCCGCCAUGAACCUUUGA